AUGGCCGAUCCUCUCGAAGAAGAGGUCAUCGCCCUGAAGGAGGCUGCGCGCAUCCCGCUCUACGUUAGCGUCGUCUCUCUGACUUGGGUACUGCACGACUACGUUAUCACGUUGAAAGAUGAAGUCCGGUACAUGUGGGCAAGUCUCAGCAGCAUACCAUGGAUCGCCCCCGGAAAAUGGAACUUCGGCAAAUUCAUAUUUUUCUGGGUCCGCUACUACACGAUCGCGCUGGCACUGUUUGACAUAGCACAAAUCCACUCUUUCGCGACGUUCCGGCCCAGUUUGAACACCUGCGUCGUGAUGGACGCGAUGAUUCGCGUAGUUGGAGCCCUUAGCUUAUGGGCGAUCGAAAUCGUCAUGCAACUCCGGGUGUUCGCCAUCUUCCGAUGUUCGAAGCGGGUCGCAGUCGUGAACGCGGUCCUGUUCGCGGCAUCCGUGGCGGGCUUCCUCUACAUUCUGAUACAUAACGCCCUUGGACGAGCGGCCGUGAUCAAGACGGCGAAAGCGCUGCCGAUUCCCGGUUGUCCAGUCGUACAUACUGGGAUUGAGUGGGCACAGUGGGUGCCAGCGACUCUUUACGAAGGCAUCUUGUUUGGAUUCGCCAUAUACAAGACGUUGGCCAAAUUCAUGCAGGCUCUCCGCUCACGAGCAGCGAAGCGCACACAUACAAGCAAGACGUUGUAUCACCAAAUGUUACAAGAUAAUCUGUUGUACUUUUUCGGAAUUGCGUGUAUACUCGUCUUCAAUAAUCUCAUGGUUACCCACGUCACCCAUAUACCGUGGUUCAGCUACGGACCGUUCCAUGCCGUGACGGGCAUCGUGACCGGCCGAAUGCUUAUCCACCUACGGAAAGCGCUGGAAGUCGGACCCCCGGCCUCUCGGAUGACCGUCAGCCAGUCGCUCGCGUUCAGCCCCGGCGCACGCUCAAUCACCGCUAUGAGCCUGGACGAAGAGGACGAGCUUGACGCGUACCCCAGCCCGCAGAUACCCCUCUCCCCCACCCGUGGUAGUGAGAGUAAGAGCAGUUCUUUCGGACAUUUCGACGCUGGUGCGGAUCCGUUGUCGUUUGGGGCGUAG